AUUUCAGGGCCGUGGCAAGAGCGAAGUAUAUCACUCAGCUAAACAAGUGACUGUUUAUAUAUACCUUUAUAAAUAGUAAAACGAAAUCUAAAGAUUGCAUUAUCCGUUUAACAAGAUUAACCGGGCUUGUCACAAGAGGUCGUCAGAGCCAUCCGCCAAUGACAAGAAAAGAUAACGGAACCAAUUAAGAAGAGCCGUGUUACCUGCGGACUAGUGUAGGUGACACACGCUCAAAGUCCGAAACAGGCUUCCAAGUGUAUACAGUAAUUGGUUUCAUGCGGCUUUUGGUGCUGUCUUUGUAGCAGGCUUAUCUACAGGUGUAUAAACAUCAAAGCAGAUUAAAUUAUGGCGACAGGUAGAUUAAUGAGAGCCAUCAGAGUGUCAGAGUUUGGAGGACCGUCUGUUCUCAAGUUGCAGUCUCACAUACCAAUACGAGACCCAGCAGCCAAUGAGGUAUUAAUUCGAGUUUAUGCCUGUGGAGUGAACCCAGUUGAAACAUACAUCCGGUCAGGAACCUAUGCAAGAAAGCCAGCUCUGCCCUACACACCUGGUACAGAUGUGGCUGGAGUCAUUGAAGGUGUUGGGGAUCGUGUAAAAAUAUUCAAGUCAGGUGAUCGAGUCUUUACUACUGGCACAAUUACGGGAGGCUAUGCUGAUUACACAAUUGCUUCUGAGGAAUCUGUUCAUCCACUACCUGAUAAUUUGAGCUACAAGCAAGGAUGUGCCAUUGGGAUCCCAUAUUUCACGGCAUAUCGGGCUUUAGUCCAUAAAGCACAUACUAAGGCAGGAGAGAGAGUGCUUAUUCAUGGUGGAAGUGGUGGGGUUGGUGUGGCAGCUUGUCAAAUAGCACGAGCCCUUGGAAUGAAAGUUUUUGGCACAGCAGGAACUCAAGAAGGCAUGGACCUAGUAGUAAAGAAUGGUGCUCACAAGGUCUUCAACCACAGUGAAAAUGGUUACACUGAGAAAAUAAAGGAAGCUACCAGUGGGGAAGGUGUGGAUGUGAUUAUCGAAAUGCUUUCUAAUAAGAAUCUGAAUGCUGAUUUACAACUCUUGAGACAAGAAGGCAGAGUGAUUAUUGUGGGAUCUAGAGGGCCAAUAGAAAUUAACCCAAGAGAUACCAUGGCCAAGGAAAGCAGCAUCGUUGGUGUUUCUCUUUUCAAUGCAACAAAUAAUGACAGAGCUGAGUGUGCAGCCUUCUUGUUUGCAGGAAUGGAAGCUGGCUGGUUAACCCCAGUGACUGGUCCUGAAUAUCCACUGGAAAAGGCUGCCCAAGCACAUGAAGAUAUUAUCAACACCCCUGGGGCAACAGGAAAGAUGGUGCUGAUAAUCUUCUGUAAGAGCAUGACCAUUCUUUUUGUCUGCUGCUAUCCACUGUCCUGUGCCUCUUGUUGCCAUAAAUGACCAAAAAAGAUACUGAUUUGUAAACCAGAGUGAAGCUGCACAUUAUGGCCUAAUCCUUCAAGAGGAUACCCCAGUUCUCCGCAAUACUGCAUGUAUUUUACCACCAAGGGAGAAACCCCACCCAGUCUGUCCUUCAAAGUAUAUGCAUUUU